AUGUCGCUUUUUACGCCUAUUGAUGAAGCUUUGGAAGCCUACAUCAUGGACGAUGAAGAUCGUGAAAAUGAGGGCGAUCUCAUAAUUGCUGCGGAAAAAGUAACCAGUGACAAAAUGGCCUUCCUGGUGCGCCAUUCUUCGGGAUAUGUGUGUGCUCCCCUUUCCACGGAGCGUGCGGAUGCCCUGGAGCUUCCAUACAUGAUCCCCAAUCAGACGGACAGACACGGGACUGCGUACACGGUGACGGUGGAUUACGAGGACGGUACCACUACCGGAAUUUCAGCCCAUGACAGGGCCUUGACAGUGACAAAGCUAGCGGAUCCCACAAGCAAGCCUCUGGACUUUAUGAGACCGGGCCACAUUUGUCCUCUUCGUGCAAGAGAAGGACUUCUGAGAACGAGAAGGGGACAUACGGAAGCGUCGGUUCAGCUUUGUGAGCUUACAGGACAGCAGCCUGCAGCUGCUAUCUGCGAGCUAGUGAAGGACGAUGAUGGGUUGAUGAUGAGACUGGACGACUGUUUGAAGUUUGGAAAGAAGCACGGGAUUAAGAUCAUUAACAUCGACCAGAUUAUUGAGGUGAUGGACAGGAAAACAAAAUAG